CAAAAUUUGAAAGAAUGUUAAGUACAGACUGUACAGUCUAUUUCAGAUACUCUGCAACUCAGCAUUGUCCAAUAAAAUAAUAGAGCCUUCUUUCCCCAAUCAAAUAAUUGUUACACGAUCAAAAAAAAAAAAAAGAAAGAAAUUAGGACAACGAAUUAGGAAGGAUCUCACGCCUACUCCAUCAUCUUCCUCCCUUCCAUUCUUCAACCAAAAAUUCAGUUGAGACUUCCUUCAGCUCCGUCCAUGAUUAAGGCGACAGUGUCAUUCUUUCUCUGAGAUCGAUUGCUUCAGGCGCAAGCGUGAGAUCCUCUAACAAAGAUUAUAUUGUGUUACAACGCUGCUGUAUUUUAAAUGAUUCGUCAAGGAAAAGUAAAGGUUUGAAAAAGUAAAGAGAGUUUUCUUUCUGAUUCUCUAAGCUCAGGAAAAAAUCUACAGAAAACAGAGAAAGAGAUUAAAUAUGGCGAUACUGUUCGCAUUGGUGGCUAGGGGAUCGGUGGUGCUGGCGGAGUUCAGUGCCACAUCGACCAACGCUGGCGCCAUCGCCAGGCAAAUCCUUGAGAAAAUCCCUGGUAAUAAUGAUUCCAAUGUCUCUUACUCUCAGGAUCGAUACAUAUUCCACAUUAGGAGAACCGAUGGCCUCACCGUCCUCUGUAUGGCCGACGAAGGCGCCGGUCGAAGAAUACCCUUUGCCUUUCUAGAGGAUAUUCAUCAAAGAUUUGUGAGGACUUAUGGCCGUGCAGUUCAUUCAGCCCAGGCUUAUGGCAUGAAUGAUGAGUUUUCGAGGGUUUUGAGCCAACAGAUAGAAUACUACUCAAGUGAUCCAAAUGCCGAUAGGAUAAACCGCCUUAAAGGUGAAAUGAGCCAGGUUCGAAAUGUCAUGAUAGAGAAUAUUGACAAGGUAUUAGAAAGAGGCGAUCGGUUAGAGUUGCUAGUUGAUAAAACUGCUAAUAUGCAAGGAAACACCUUCAGAUUCAGAAAACAAGCUCGUCGUUUUAGAAGCACAGUAUGGUGGAGAAAUGUGAAGCUCACGAUUGCUCUUAUAAUCCUUUUGCUAGUGAUUGUUUAUGUGGUAUUGGCUUUUGUCUGCCAUGGAGUUACAUUACCUUCCUGUUUUUAGAGAAGGUAAGGAUGAAGCUAAAUAUGAAGUUAUCCUGUACUACUACUUCACCCUCAACAUCUCUUAUUUAAUUUAUUCCCCUUCUCUACUCCCUGUCUGGUAUAUGAUAUGAUAUAUGGUAUUGGUAUUCUUCAACCCUAUGUGUUGUGGCAAACUGAUCGAUUUAUUUGAGUCUUAACUCUGUUUUGUGUGGGCGCUGUCGUGUGUUUUCAUAUAUAUGAUUGUUUUUGUGUAUUUUUCAUGAACAUAUAUAUAUUCUGUUUCAGAUUGAA